AAAGCCUGCCGGGUGCUGGGCCCUCUCCGUCCCUCUGUCCCUCUGCUGGUCGCAGCCACCCAGCUGGCCUGCAGACUUGGGCGCCUCCUGGUGACCCUCCCAUCUCCUGCUUAGGUCCCUCGGGCCACUGUGCCCCAAGAUGGGCCGUGGGGAUGGCCGAGAGUACUCACCUGCUGCCACCACCACGGAGAAUGGGGGUGGCAAGAAGAAGCAGAAGGAGAAGGAGUUGGAUGAGCUGAAGAAGGAGGUGACCAUGGAUGACCACAAGCUGUCCCUGGAUGAGCUGGGCCGCAAGUAUCAGGUGGACCUGUCCAAGGGCCUCACCAACCAGCGGGCUCAGGACAUCUUGACUCGGGAUGGGCCCAACGCCCUCACCCCACCCCCUACCACUCCCGAGUGGGUCAAAUUCUGCCGCCAGCUGUUUGGGGGCUUCUCCAUCCUGCUGUGGAUCGGGGCUAUCCUCUGCUUCCUGGCCUAUGGCAUCCAAGCCGCCAUGGAGGACGAGCCGUCAAACGACAAUCUGUACCUGGGUGUGGUGCUGGCUGCUGUAGUCAUUGUCACUGGCUGCUUCUCCUACUACCAAGAGGCCAAGAGCUCCAAGAUCAUGGACUCUUUCAAGAACAUGGUGCCACAGCAAGCCCUGGUGGUACGGGAGGGCGAGAAGAUACAGAUCAACGCAGAAGAGGUGGUGGUGGGGGACCUGGUGGAGGUGAAGGGUGGAGACCGUGUGCCCGCUGACCUCCGCAUCAUCUCUUCCCAUGGCUGCAAGGUGGACAACUCAUCCCUGACAGGGGAGUCGGAGCCCCAGACCCGUUCCCCUGAGUUCACCCACGAGAACCCCCUGGAGACCCGGAACAUCUGCUUCUUCUCCACCAACUGUGUGGAAGGCACUGCCAGGGGCAUCGUGAUCGCCACAGGUGACCGCACUGUGAUGGGCCGCAUCGCCACACUGGCCUCGGGGCUGGAGGUGGGCCGCACACCCAUUGCCAUGGAGAUCGAGCACUUCAUUCAGCUCAUCACCGGUGUGGCCGUCUUCCUGGGCGUCUCCUUCUUUGUGCUCUCCCUCAUCCUUGGCUACAGCUGGCUGGAGGCCGUCAUCUUCCUCAUUGGUAUCAUUGUGGCCAACGUGCCUGAGGGGUUGCUGGCCACUGUCACCGUGUGCCUGACGCUCACAGCCAAGCGCAUGGCACGCAAGAACUGCCUGGUGAAGAACCUGGAGGCGGUGGAGACACUGGGCUCCACAUCCACCAUCUGCUCCGACAAGACGGGCACCCUCACGCAGAACCGCAUGACCGUGGCUCAUAUGUGGUUUGACAACCAGAUCCACGAGGCUGACACCACCGAGGACCAGUCUGGAGCCACUUUUGACAAGCGCUCCCCGACCUGGACAGCCUUGUCCCGCAUUGCAGGGCUCUGCAACCGCGCUGUGUUCAAGGCUGGGCAGGAGAACAUUUCUGUGUCCAAGCGGGACACAGCUGGAGAUGCCUCUGAGUCAGCCCUGCUCAAGUGCAUUGAGCUGUCCUGCGGUUCCGUGAGGAAGAUGAGGGACAGGAACCCCAAGGUGGCGGAGAUCCCCUUCAACUCCACCAACAAGUACCAGCUGUCCAUCCAUGAGCGAGAAGACAGCCCCCAGAGCUAUGUGCUGGUGAUGAAAGGGGCCCCUGAGCGCAUCCUGGACCGCUGCUCCUCCAUCCUGGUGCAGGGCAAGGAGAUCCCCCUGGACAAGGAGAUGCAGGAUGCCUUCCAGAAUGCUUACAUGGAGCUGGGGGGCCUGGGCGAGCGCGUGCUGGGGUUCUGCCAGCUGAACCUGCCAGCUGGAAAGUUUCCCCGGGGCUUCAAGUUUGAUACCGAUGAGCUCAACUUUCCCACUGAGAAGCUGUGCUUUGUGGGACUCAUGUCCAUGAUAGACCCUCCCCGGGCAGCUGUGCCUGACGCUGUGGGCAAGUGCCGCAGUGCAGGCAUCAAGGUGAUCAUGGUGACUGGGGACCAUCCCAUCACUGCCAAAGCCAUAGCCAAGGGCGUGGGCAUCAUCUCUGAGGGCAACGAGACGGUAGAGGACAUUGCAGCCCGGCUCAACAUCCCUGUCAGCCAGGUCAACCCCAGGGAAGCCAAGGCAUGCGUGGUGCAUGGCUCUGACUUGAAGGACAUGGACUCAACGCACCUGGACGAGAUCCUCCGAAACCACACAGAAAUUGUGUUCGCCCGGACAUCCCCACAGCAGAAGCUCAUUAUCGUGGAGGGCUGCCAGCGGCAGGGUGCCAUCGUGGCAGUGACAGGGGACGGUGUCAACGACUCCCCUGCCCUGAAGAAGGCUGACAUCGGCAUUGCCAUGGGCAUCUCGGGUUCCGACGUGUCCAAGCAGGCGGCUGACAUGAUCCUGCUGGAUGACAACUUUGCCUCCAUCGUCACAGGAGUAGAGGAGGGCCGCCUCAUCUUCGACAACCUGAAGAAGUCCAUUGCCUACACGCUGACCAGCAACAUCCCCGAGAUCACACCCUUCUUGCUAUUCAUCAUCAUCAACAUCCCACUGCCCCUGGGCACUGUCACCAUCCUCUGCAUCGACCUGGGCACCGACAUGGUCCCUGCCAUCUCCUUGGCCUAUGAGGCUGCUGAGAGUGACAUCAUGAAGCGGCAGCCUCGAAACCCACAGACAGACAAGCUGGUGAAUGAAAGGCUCAUCAGCAUGGCCUACGGGCAGAUCGGGAUGAUCCAGGCACUGGGGGGCUUCUUCACCUACUUUGUCAUCCUGGCAGAGAACGGCUUCUUGCCCUCUCGGCUGUUGGGCAUCCGCCUGGACUGGGAUGAUCGCUCCACCAAUGACCUAGAAGAUAGCUACGGGCAGGAGUGGACCUAUGAGCAGCGGAAGGUGGUGGAGUUCACCUGCCACACAGCCUUCUUUGCCAGCAUCGUGGUGGUGCAGUGGGCUGACCUCAUCAUCUGUAAGACCCGCCGCAACUCUGUGUUCCAGCAGGGCAUGAAGAACAAGAUCCUGAUCUUCGGGCUCCUGGAGGAGACGGCCCUGGCUGCCUUCCUGUCCUACUGCCCGGGCAUGGGUGUGGCACUGCGCAUGUACCCGCUCAAAGUCACGUGGUGGUUCUGCGCCUUCCCUUACAGCCUCCUCAUCUUCAUCUAUGACGAGGUGCGGAAGCUCAUCCUGAGGCGAUAUCCGGGAGGUUGGGUGGAGAAGGAGACUUACUACUAAGCCCGGAGAGAAGACCGGCUGGGGGAGAUGAGGUGCCCUGGAGGUGCUGCAUGGCCAGUGCUGGGGAGUGGUGGACACCCAGGUGGGGCUUGGGGAAAGCUCAGGAAAGAAUGAGGUGAAGACCUGGGUGUGAGUGAGAGAGAGGGUAUAAAAGCCAUCAGCCCCUACCUCAUGUGAGGGUCCCUCCCCAGCCCAGCCUCCCUCCAUGUUCUCCAUCUUUCAUGAGGGAUUAAGAGUUACCCCAGUCCCUCUCCCUUCAUCCCUCCCAAUACUAAACAGAUCUCUAUGCAGAGGCCUCAGCCAGGAGAAGAGAAACCACAGCCUCACUCACUCCACCACUCCUUGUCCUUGGGUUCUUUCCCUUCUACAUCCCCCUCAGACAGGAAGUCACAGCAGCUCGUCCCAGGGUGCUCUGAGUCUGAGGCCAGAGAGGAACAAUCCUGAGACGCCCCCUUCCAGCCCAGUCUCCAUAGAAAGUCUGCAGCAGAGGGGGCUCCUGAAGGAACAUGGGGGGGGGGGGUAGGGUGAGGGGAGGGAAUAACAGAGGAGGACUAGGGAGAAGAGGGCACCAGUGACAGAUCUGCCAUGUAGCCAGGCCUGUCCCAAAGGCCACCUGGGCUCCUGAUCCAUCAUAUCCUGCCUUUGCUGGGGCCUCCUUACCAGCAGGGCAGAUUCAGUCCCAUCCAAGGUGGUGCUAGGGGAAGCGGGUCCUCUGGCUACACUUUUAGAGUCAGAGGUCUCUGGGUGUGUGACCAUUUUGAUCCAUGAGGUCUAGAGUCACUGAUUCUCCAGCCAUAUCCAACACUUGGUGACACACCCUUAAAACAGCAAGUCCCCAGAGCUCUGAGAACUCCCAGAGGGACAAGUGCCAGCUUCCUCCUGCCCCUGCCCCCCCACACCCAUACACACACACACACACACACACACACACACACACACCCUGAUGUGUCCCAGUGAGCCUGCUCCAGGCAUUGCCCCAUCAUCCUACAGAGAAGUUCCCUGGAUAUUGGAGAGGCUGAAGUUGCCAGAACCUCCAUCUUGCUGAGUGUUGCAGAACCCCACUAGGUCAUGAUUCAAGCUAAUAUCCCCAUGCUGAACCCCUCACACCUCCUUCUGUCCCUGAUAUGGGGGAAGUUUUGGGGUCCUGAACUUCCCAUCCACCUCCAGCACAGCUCUGCCUGACAUAGAAGGGAGGACUGCAGAGUCCUGAAGGAAGCCAGCAUGUGAGCCCCCAGGGGGACAGGGACACACAUAACUCCUGGGUCUGUAACUUCACUGUAAGGAGUAUAACUGAAUCCAAGUGCCUGGAAAUAAGUGUGCCCUUACCUUGGGUUGGGACAGCUCACACAAACCCCAGCCUGAGACAAGAAUUUAUCCUGGCAGCAUCAAUAAAGAAAUGGAAGGGCCAAAACACUGUUGUAGGGACUGGCACACUCAGUCUGCCACAUUCUCCUGCAAGAUAGGAGCCUCCAUUUAGAAUAGAGAGUGCAUGACCACAGAAUCACCGUUCUUAUGUCCUUGUUGCACUUUUGCAGGGCCUCUGGUUGCCACCCUUUGUUAACACUGUAGUUUGAGGUACUACCUGUGUACUCAGAAAUAAUAAAGUUGCCAGUUGCAUCUCUUUA